GAAGAAGAAGAAGAAGAAAAUACUGUAAGGUCUGUCCUGCUUUGCUGCUGGCUCUAACGGUAUGAUUAGGGGGGGACGCCCUGCCCGACAGCGAGUCAUGGAGUUAACAAAAGGUCCCUCCCUUGAAUGCCCUUCCCUCUCUGCGCGCGCCUCCGCUCCUUUAUAAGCCCCUCUCUCCCUCGCCAUCCAUUACUCGCCAUCACCCUCCUCCCUCCUCCUCCUGCUGCUGCCCUCACCUACUCCUGAUCGAUUGAAGAAGAAGCUCCUCCCUCAGGACCUCCCCGGCCGAUCGAGAAUGCAGUCGAGGCACCGUGUGUUCGCGGAGGACCUCCUCCUGCCGGAACUGGAAGAAGGGGAGGACCACUUCGACAGCGUGCCGGACUCGCUGGUGCUCCUCAUCUUCAACAAGCUCGCCGACGCGCGCUCGCUGGGGCGCUGCUCCGCCGUGUCGCGCCGCUUCAACGCGCUCGUGCCGCUCGUCGACGACGCCUGCCUCCGGAUCGACCGCGUCAUCACCGACGGCGGCGCCGAGGGCGGGGACGCGCUGGGCGUCCCGCGGCAGCAGCGCGGGGGCGUGCUCUCCCACCUCCUCAAGGCCGUGUUCCAGGCCGUGCUCAAGCCCUUCGGCCACUGCGACGGCAAGCACGCCGCGGGCGGCAUCGGCAACGGCAAGCACGCGCCGCCGCCGCACCACUCCCCGGCCCAGGUGCUCAAGAACUUCAGCAGUAUCCGCAACCUCCGCAUGGAGCUCCCCGUGUCCGACGUCGGCACCGACGACGGCGUGCUCCUCAAGUGGAAGGCCGUCUUCGGCAGCACCCUCCAGACCUGCGUCAUCCUCGGCGGCACCAAGCUCGACCGCCACGCCCACGCCCACGCGCAUCCCCCAGCCGACCACGACGACGACACCAACAACAACAACAGCAACGGGAGCAUACCGGAGUCCUUCUACACCAACGGCGGGCUCAAGCUGCGCGUCGUCUGGACCAUCAGCUCGCUCAUCGCCGCGGCCACCAGGCACUACCUCCUCCGCGAGAUCGUCAAGGAGCACCCAACCCUGGAGCGCGUCGAGCUCACGGACGCGCACGGACAGGGCAUGCUCUGCAUGGAGCGCGCCCAGCUCAAGGAGUUCACGGACAAGCCGCUCGCCGCGGCGGCAGCCGCAAACCGCACGCAGGUGCCCGCCUGCAACAUGAAGCUCCGCUACGCGCCGAUGCUGGAGCUCUCGGACGGGACCAGGAUCCAGGGCGCAACGCUCGUCGUCAUCAAGCCCGUCGGCGAGACCGGCGGCAUCGGAGGCGGGGGGCGGAAGGAGCUCGACGAGUUCGUUGCCGACGCCUUCGAUGGGCCCUACAGGGAGGCCGUGUGGGCGCUCAGCAAGCGCCGAACCUACCUGCUAGAGAUGAACGGAUUCUAGACCUUGUGCGCGCCAGAUUGCUCUGCUCCUUUUCAGCCACGCUGAGGUGUUCCUCCUUGUAACAGCAGCGAUCAUGUCAUGCCAUGCCCCCUUAAUUCUUCUUCGUUACUGCCUUAGUACCCUCGCAGCAAUAAUCGCCAGCUUCAUUUUGUUGUGGUGAUCUGAAUCUGAUCGAUGAAUGAAUGGAUGGAGUGAAGUAACAUCAGCAUUAUCAAUCCA